AUGGAUAUUGCGGGAGGCAUGCUUGCAACUCUGCCCGAGUGUUUUGAAGAAAGGACAAAAGAUCGCGGGCUGAUUGUGAAAUGGGCGCCUCAGGUGAAGGUUUUGUCUCACCCUUCCGUAGGAGGGUUUCUCACCCACUGCGGGUGGAACUCGUGUUUGGAGAGCAUGAGCAUGGGAAUUCCAAUGCUUGGAUGGCCCUAUAACUGUGAUCAGUUUCUCGAUUGCCGCUUCUGCAAGGAUGUGUGGAAGAUUGGCAUUGAUUUGGAGGGCGUGGGCGUUGAUGAAAAUAUGCUGGUCAGAAAGGAGGAGAUAGAGAAAGGCGUGAGGAGACUGAUGCAGGGCCCACAAGCGCAGGAGCUUAGAAAAAGGGGAAUGGAGUUGAAGGAGGCUGCUUGUAAAGCGGUUGCGCAGGAAGGUUCUUCUUUUACCAAUUUAAACAGGUUUAUUCAUGAUAUGGCACAACUUUCCAAAUCGGCUUCUGUUUAA